GGAGCGCGGCUGGCAACGCGGGCCUGGCAUUUGCGUCCCGGCGGGGAGGAGGGCGCGGUCCCCGCCGGACGUCUGCGCCUGCCCAGCUGCGUUCUUCUGCUUGCUGCGCAGCUGGUGGGAGUGGUGGUGCUGACGCGGGCAGGUGGGAGAGGAGAGGCAUCCUCGGCGGCCGGGCCGCCCUUGCCUGCAAUGGCCAGGUCAGGAGAGCCAGCUCCAGUUAUUAAACCUGUUGCUCAGGGUAUGGCAAAGAAGGCAGUCGCCAAGCACUGUCUUUCCACCCAGGCUCUGUGCUCCUCCAUUCUAAGGAUCAUCUGUCUGUGGUCCAUGCUGCUAGCCGAUGCAAACUCUCUUACUUGUAACGUCAUUGUCAAGGCUGGCACCACACCUGGACAGCCCUGGUGUGAAGGGCAGUGCUCAGUGGAUGAAGAGCCUUUACUUCAAUAUAAGGACAGCAAAUUCACACCUUUGGGUGACCUGGGAAAUGCAGCAAAUGGGACUCAAGUGUGGAUGGAUAUGAGCCAAAAGCUGGAAUACUUGUGGAAAGAGCUCAGGAAGAUGUUGGCUAACACUAAAAAAGAGAUUACCAAGAUCAAUGGUCAGCCCACUUUACAAUCCACCAUGCUUUCUCAGUAUGAACACGGACAAAUUGUUGGUGCCUCCUGGAAAUUUAACAUCAGUGGAAUGUACACCUUCAUCCUCAAUACAAUGAAUAUGAAUUGGACACUGAUUGAUCAUGAAGCUAGUGGUAUCAUGAAUACAUGGAAGGAUGAUGAACACUUAAUAAAAGAUCUCAAGACAAUAUCCACAGCAGACUGCAGUUAUUGGCUCAAGGAACUUUUAAAGUACCAGAAGGAAAAGCCAACCUUGCCAACUGCUUCUCCAGAUGUGGUCCAGCCUUCAUCCAUGGCCAUCAAGACCAACAUCUCUGUCCCGCUGAUAAUUCUCACGUGCUUGCUCCUGAAUCUUCUUCUCUGA